CUUUAGUGGGGCUCUGGUGCCUGCUGAGUCUUCCCUUUGAGGUAAGACAUGGGAGCAGGAGUGACACCAAGCAUGGAUUUGGGACUCCAUCAGUGUUUUCCCACACUCCACUGCCACCUCCAUCCUGAGGCAGAUGGGACAGGAGGGGAACUGAGUCUCAGAGAUGGAUCAGCUCUACCCUAGAAUCUGAAAACAGAGUCCUGGGUUCUGGCUGGCUUGGUGGGAAGAGGAGGAGUCCCCUGAAGAUGCUCUAUGACCUGGACCAGGGUCCAAGCUCAGCUCUGGCUGAGGUGCAUCGGCAGCGGCGCAGUCUGCUGCACCGCGCCUGCAGCCGCCACACACGCCGGCAGCGCCUGCUACAGCCCGAGGAUCUGCGCCACGUGCUGGUGGACGACGUACACGGCCUGCUUUACUGCUACGUGCCUAAGGUGGCCUGCACCAACUGGAAGCGUGUGCUGCUGGCACUGAGAAGCCCCGGGGGCCUGGACCCGCAAGCCAUCCCCGCGCACGAGGCGCAUGCGCCAGGCCGGCUGCCCUCUCUGGCCGACUUCAGCCCCACCGAGAUCAACCGGCGCCUGCGCGACUACUUGGCCUUUCUCUUCGUGCGCGAGCCCUUUGAGCGCCUGGCCUCGGCCUACCGCAACAAGUUUGCGCGGCCCUACAGCGCCGCCUUCCAGCGGCAUUAUGGAACUCGCAUCGUGCGGCGCCUGCGGCCCCGCCCACACCCCGAUGCGCUGGCCCGUGGCCACGACGUGCGCUUCGCUGAGUUCCUGGCCUACCUGCUAGACCCGCGCACGCGCCGUGAUGAACCUUUCAAUGAGCACUGGGAGCGCGCUCACGCGCUCUGCCACCCGUGUCGCCUGCGCUACGAUAUCGUGGGCAAGUUUGAGACCCUGGCAGAGGAUGCGGCCUUCGUUCUGGGCCUGGUAGGCACAGCCGGCCUGCACUUCCCCGCGCCACCACCCCUUACCAAGGCAGUCACUACGCACGACCAGGCUGUUCGCCUCUUCCAAGACAUCAGCCCUUUCUACCAGCGCCGCCUCUUCGACCUCUACAAGAUGGACUUUCUACUCUUCAACUACUCCACCCCCUCCUACCUGCAGCUGCACUAGCCUUCAGUGACCCUGAAGGGCCUGCAGAGGCUCUGAGGUCAACGCUGGGGGGUGGGGGACUUCGAGAAUGUGAGUUUCUGAUGCCUCCGGGGUACCCUACUCUCAUCACCACUGCAGUUGAGCUGGCAUCACACCUGGCUUAGUUUGGGUGUAACUUGCCUUAGGCACUGUGUGCUUGCUGCCUGUCCUGCCUGUCACUUGAUGCUUGCUUCCUCUAAUUCCUCUAGCUGGCAGAUGCUUCCCUAGGAUCCUUGGGUAGGUGAGGACUAAAUGAUAGCAUUUUAAGUUGCAAAGGGGCUUUUUUUUUUUUUUUUUGUCAGCUCUGUCCCUGAACUUGUCCAUGGUGAAACAGAGCAGAAUGCUAGCUCUAGGCAGCCUGUGGCCCAUCCCAGUACCCGCCCCCCCAUCUCACCCAUCCUGUUAAGAGCAACCCUGGCCAAGGAGAGAAGCCCUUCCCUGCAGGACUCAGGCUGGGUCCAUCCUUAUCCAUGGGCAUGGCACAGAGCCAGCUGUAAACUGCCUUCACUCUGCCAACCACAGAGCAGGGCCACCUUCCUUCUUGCUGGCUUGGCCCUAGCCCCACCCUUGGUCUUAGUCUGGCCAGACGCUAGACUAAGGUGUCCACAGAGCUCAAGGUGCAAUAUGAUGGCAGGUUUUACAGAACUGUAGUGAGCUGGGGAGCUCAUGUAUCAAUAAUU